GAACGUGUUUUUGGGUCGCUGUGUUUGUCUCUGAGAAAUUAGUUACGAACAAGAACAGAAGCAACCAGCACCUCAAUCUCAAUCUUCAAUCUUCACUUUCAUCUCAGAUUGAGAUUCAAUUUCAUUCAUGGACUCUGAUUCUUCUUCUCUUUGGAACUCUCUUCUAUCCUUUUCCACCCUCACUUCCUCCAAAUCCUAUCUCUCCGCUCUUCAAUCUCGAUCAGAUAUGUUUAUGGAUGGUUUUGAUGAAAAUGAUAUCGAGGAUGAAGAUGAUGAUGUAAAGGAGGAGUUUUUAUGUCCCUUUUGUUCUGAGUAUUUUGAUAUUGUUGGGUUGUGUUGCCACAUUGAUGAAGAGCAUCCUGUUGAAGCAAAAAAUGGGGUUUGUCCCGUUUGUGCAUUGAGGGUGGGGGUUGAUAUGGUUGCACACAUUGCCCUACAACAUGGAAGCAUACUUAAGGUGCAGCGAAAGAGGAAAUCACGGAAAGGUGGAUCUUAUUCAACACUAUCAUUAUUGAGGAAGGAACUGCGAGAAGGAAAUUUGCAAUCCCUUUUGGGAGGGUCUUCAUUUACACUGUCAUCGUCUAAUGCAGCCCCUGAUCCAUUGUUAUCAUCAUUUAUAUUGCCUGUAGCUGAUGAAUUAUCCAGUUCUCAGAGUCAACCUAACUUUAUUACUGGGACAAGGCAAUCCAGAAAAAGCACAGAUGAGACUCUAUCAAAAAAAAAAGUGGAGACACCUACCUUGUCAGUCAAGGAUAAGGAAGAAAAAGAAAAAAGAUGCGAGUUUGUUCAAGGGCUAUUGAUGUCCACCUUCCUUGAUGACAUUCCAUGAAGGAAAAUCUAUGGUGAUGAUUGCUUGUUGCUGCAGCGAUGUCGAGCUUCUUCAUCACACAUGCGAUCCCUACAUCCUAUGGUAAUGCUUAGUAAAGUUGUGAAUGUAUUUGAUCGUAGUGAAAUAAGAUGUGGAGAAUGUAUGUAAUUUAUGUUGUAUGUGAACUGAAGUUUGGAGUUCAAAUGCUUCAUGUGUUGUUUAAUUUCAGACCAUCAAUAUUGAAUGAAAAUAGAGAAAGUUACUUUCCUACUGUA